CGGCACAGGCACCAGCCCUGGCGAUGGCUGCAACUUCUCUGUUUUCUGCGUUGGCCACCCGGCUGCUCCGGCCCGCGCAAAGCUGCCACCUCCUCCAUCAUCCCUUUCACCUCGCCGCAGUUCGAAAUGAAGCUGUUGUCAUUUCUGGAAGAAAACUGGCCCAACAGAUCAAGCAAGAAGUGCGGCAGGAGGUGGAAGAGUGGGUAGCCUCUGGCAACAAGCGGCCACAUCUGAGUGUGAUUCUGGUUGGUGAGAAUCCUGCAAGUCAUUCCUAUGUCCUCAACAAAACCAGGGCAGCUGCAGAUGUGGGAAUCAACAGUGAGACAAUUGUGAAACCAGCUUCAAUUUCAGAGGAAGAGCUGUUGAAUUUAAUCAAUAAACUAAAUAAUGAUGAAAAUGUAGAUGGUCUGCUUGUUCAACUCCCUCUCCCAGAACACAUCGAUGAGAGAAAGAUCUGCAAUGCUGUUUCUCCAGACAAGGAUGUUGAUGGCUUUCAUGUAAUUAAUGUAGGGCGAAUGUGUUUGGACCAGUAUUCCAUGUUACCUGCUACCCCAUGGGGCGUGUGGGAAAUAAUUAAGCGAACUGGUAUUCCAACCCUAGGGAAGAAUGUGGUUGUGGCUGGAAGAUCAAAAAAUGUUGGAAUGCCCAUUGCAAUGUUACUACACACAGAUGGGGCUCAUGAAAGACCUGGAGGUGAUGCCACUGUUACAAUAUCUCAUCGAUACACUCCCAAAGAACAAUUGAAGAAGCACACAAUUCUUGCAGAUAUUGUCAUAUCUGCUGCAGGCAUUCCAAAUCUCAUCACAGCAGAUAUGAUCAAGGAAGGAGCAGCAGUCAUUGAUGUGGGAAUUAACAGAAUUCAGGAUCCUAUAACUGCUAAACCCAAGUUGGUUGGAGAUGUAGACUUUGAAGGAGUCAGGAAGAAAGCCGGUUAUAUCACUCCUGUCCCUGGGGGUGUUGGUCCCAUGACGGUGGCAAUGCUAAUGAAGAAUACCAUUAUUGCUGCAAAAAAAGUGCUGAGGCCUGAAGAGCGGGAAGUGCUGAAGUCUAAAGAACUUGGAGUAGCCACCAAUUAACUGUUGUGUCUACUCUGCCAUGAAUAGCACUUCAAGCCAGUCCACGAGGUGAUCAAGCAGGUCAUUAGAAAUGCAAUACUUUUAAUUUAUUUUACUGAAAUGGUUUAAAAUGAUGCUUUGUAUUUAUUGAAAGCUUAAAAUGGGUGGGUUUUGUGAACACAUGGCUCUGCAGUACCUCACCAGGGAACACUCCAGUGUCAUGCUGGAUCAUAUGAUCUAGCCAAGAGAAGCCAUUAAUCUAGUGAUUAACAUAAGAGACUUGUCACAUCGAGAAUGGAUGCUUAACUUUGUCAAGCCACUCCAGUUAAAACUUUGCCUUUUCUAGGAUUGCAUUUCCCAAGUGCUUUUCCAAUAAGAGUUGAUACUCAUUUUAGGUUCCAAGCCUUUUGAGUUCAACUGGUCAAACCAAAGGAAAAAAAAAUGUUAGAGAAAAUUAGGGGAAAGGAAGAAAUGGUAAUAGAGUGGAGGGAAAAAAAAGUCACCAUAAUUUUUAUACAUAUUGAUCAAUAACCAAAUUUAUCCAAGGAGAACUGAA